UCCCACCUACUGGAUUACUGAGGUUUUUUUUGCGCAGAGAAGACAAGGUUCUCAUGCAUGACAAAAGGGGCGCAAUAUUGUAAGUUCCAUCCUUCUUUCCAAACAAUAAUUUGAUGCGCAUUCAUUAUUUUGUUUUCACUACAAGACUGAGCGGGUGCAUUUCUGCCUGAUCCUUCUCGCGAGUGGGCUACAUAACCGUGACGAUACCUCACCGGAUGAUAGUGGCUAUUAUUGUACUCUGACCUCUAUUGAAAUGACUAUCCAGCACCAAGACUGUUGCGUCCUUCCAGAGGCACCGCGCGGGCAGGCUACUCAUUGGAUGAACGUCCGCCGCAAUCCGUAGCCUAUUCCAGUGCCCUUUCCUUAUCUUCUCGGAAAUGCAAUAACAGUUGGGGUGGCUUUUAUAGUGGUAAAACUCAACAGGAAUACUGCAAGUUGAGGAAACGAACAAUGUGACACGUACAGUGCCCGACAAAGAACGACGAGGCUGUGUAUCUGUCCAUCAGCGUCUCCUCCCACCUGUGACCUGGGUUUUCCUCUCCUGCCCUCCGAACACUCUUCUGAUGUGUUAAAGCACACUUUGCUGAACGUGAGUUCCAUUUUAUUCACAAAAACAAUAUAUUAAUGUCCUAUGUUAUAGUGCUUCUGGGCCCAUGUUCUGUUGUCAGAAAAUAUUUUGAAAAGGAAUGAAACCUACCUGAAUAUGUCCAAUUUGAACACACAUUCCCAGUUCCCCCUACAUUGUGUCCUAUUGAAAACAACCCGGGUUUCUGUUAGCCCAGUGGCCUUGUGAUGAUGACGUCACUUCCUGUGCCUCCAGAGUUUGAUGGAGAGCUGGUCGGAUGACAGCUGGAACUGUUGUCAUAACCGGAGGAAUUCUCGCCACGGUGAUUCUCUUGGUUAUCAUAGCAGUGCUCUGUUACUGUAGACUCCAGUAUUACUGCUGUAAGAAGAAUGGGUCAGAAGGGGACACCGGCUCCAUCACGCAGCCCCAUUUUGCCUGCAAUGCGUGCAGUGCACCCGGGGUGGAUGGGGCGGCCGUCACCCCCCUCUUCCCAGAGCCCACUGCCCCCCACGCAUCAGGGCCUCCCCGCAACUACUGCCCCACCUGCUCGCCCUACGAAUCACCCUUCUACAUCCGCACCACCGAUGGGAUGCGCAACGGUGGCGAGCGCAUCACCUACAUGCCCACUCACUAUGAGAACCCAGCGCUGGGUCUCGACCUGCCCUCCCUGCACGGCUCCCUGCUGAGCACCGGCCAGCAUCGCAGCAACCCAGCACCGGACUUCUAUACCAACACUCGCGCUAUAAGUACAGAGGUGUGACCCACUUCGUAUGGGGUCCUGGUGGCUCAGUUGGUUGGAGCGCGCUGCUUCCAACUCUGGUGUUGUGGGUUUGAUUCUGUACACAGAAUAUUUGUUCAUUUUUCGUUUUGGAUAAAAGAAACUGGUAAAUUACCAUAUUUUUAUGAGGAUGGCCACUGGUAGCCACUGUCUCUCUCUGCUGACCGCUACAGAGAAGAUGAUGGAAAAGUAGCAUUGAGAGACAACAUGGAGCAUUGACCACUUGAUCUGGUCAAACACUUCCUGGUUCUCUCUCUCUCUCUCCCUACACUGUCAGCUAGCUUCCAGCUGGUUCUCUCUCUCUCCCUACACUGUCAGCUAGCUUCCAGCUGGAUUCGGGUAGACUCCAACAGUACUGUUUUUUAAAUUUAAAUGGAGGUAGCCAUGUUUGUUGUUGUUUAAACCCCCUUAGGCUCCUGUAAUACAGAGGCAGAGAUCAUCCCUUUGUGUUUAAUUGACUAAGGGGACAAGACCAAGACCUAUCCACUGUCUGGCAAGGUAGUGUGUGGGAUUCCAAUCUUCACUGUUUGAGGGCUAUCUGUAUUGUGGUUUCACCUGCACCUACUCUUUGUCAUUUCCUUGUAUCUGCCAAUAGAGACAAAUGAAAGCUAACUGCAUUUGAGUGAUGGUAAUCCAGAAGAAGAUGAACAAUCAAGUUUCCUAAGAGUAACGCAGAAAACACAAAGAGACAGUAACUACUUCAGAGCUUUCUCUAUGCAAGCUCUUUCACAAUCAAACCUGAAACGGUUGGAGAGAAAAGCCUAACAAUGCAGCUGUCAAUUGUGUAUGUUUUUUUCUUUUUCAAAAAUGUUUGUCAUAUGUAACUGGAACUAUUGAAAGAUUAUUGUUUGUUGUCUUCUGUUAUUGAAAGAUGUAUGUACUACGCCGACUUUUGAGACCAUGGAAUUUGAUUCCAUAAUAUUACGACUCAAAUAUUGCAGUUUAAAAGAUACUUUUAAUGUAAGGACAGUGGCAUUUUGUCAGUGGGUGAUGCAGAAUUUCAGUUAGUGAUGAUUUGUCCGUUUGUCUCUGUACCCGUGUCAUUGAGUUAGGCUACCACUCUUUGCUCAGAGCACUGAAGCUACGGUACGGUUCAAAUGAACAUAUUGUAUUUCUCUUUAUUGACAGUGAUGCAACAACUUGGAAAUGUAUAUAUUACCAAAUGCAUUGAAGGCAUUUAUAAUUAUUCGUUUGUCUCCUUGAUUGACUGGCUGAUGACUUUUUGGGGAUUCGGCCACAAUGUAUUUUUAAUUGGGACGUGCAAGUCUGGUAUAAUUUAGAUGUAGUUUGUGCCAUUUUGUGUCCACACUUCAGAUCCCCUGAGUGUUGAUUCUAUGAACUGUAAACGUCCAUGUCUUUACACAUUUGAGUGUUUCUUUCAACUUAUGAAAUAAAAUAUCUAUGGUAAUUGGUAAGAAAAUACAAUUAUUAGCCUAUUUAUAUUAUUAUAUGGUACUCAUUUUAAACUCAUAUUAGACAAUAUUGCUGGCCAUGUGUAUUACUAUUUUGCCCCUGUUGGUGUCUUUUUAUGUUUUGGAGUGAAAAAAAUGUGUCGAUUUGAUUGGUUGAAACAGCAAAGCAAAAAAAGUACAUUUAUGAUAGUGGUGAUAUUAAUUUUGCUAUAUUUUUUUUCUAAAACCGACCACAUUUACUAGUUCUGCUUUGAGUAGAAAUGCCCUAUGCCCUAUCAUGCA